AUAUUAGGGAGCUCGUUUCGUUGGAUGAUGUUAUGGAGGAGCUUGGACUUGGUCCUAAUGGUGGCCUUCUAUACUGCAUGUAACAUCUUGAAGAAAAUCUAGAUGAUUGGUUGACAGAAGAAUUGGAUAACUACAUGGAUGAUGACUAUUUAGUUUUUGACUGCCCAGGUCAGAUAGAGCUCUUUUCCCAUGUUCCUGUUCUUAAGAACUUUGUGGAACAUUUAAAGCGAAAAAAUUUCAAUGUCUGUGCUGUGUAUUUGCUUGAUUCUCAGUUCAUGACAGACAUCACAAAGUUUAUUAGUGGUUGCAUGGCAUCUCUUUCAGCAAUGGUCCAACUUGAAUUGCCACAUAUUAACAUCCUUUCCAAAAUGUAUCUUGUGACCAACAAAAAGGAUAUUGAAGACUUCUUAAAUCCGGAGCCUCAAGUUUUGUUGUCAGAGUUGAAUCAACGGAUGGCUCCACAGUUUUCAAAGCUAAAUAAAGCUCUUAUUGAACUGGUGGACGAAUAUAACACGGUGAGUUUUGUACCACUUGACUUGAGGAAAGAAAGCAGUUCUAUAGUCCUCAGAAUAAAUGAUCGGAAAUAUAACAACACGACAGGAAGCUCUUAUUCUUUUCUCCUGGCUUUUAUACUUUGGCUUCGAGAUGUUGCAGUUCAUUUAAAUUGGUUUUACUGUUGCAUUGACUUGUCUUUGAAGGCCAAGCCUGAUAUGAUAUCGUUUGUUUUGAACAGUAUAAGAUACGUGUUGGCUCAAAUAGAUAUCUGCAUUCAAUACGGUGAAGAUGCAGAUGUGAAGAUUAAGGAUAUGGAUCCAGAGGAUGAUGAUUAAAUUCCAUUUCCUUUUCCAUUGAACUCUUAAGAUAGGAUGUCCUUUUUGGGGUCUCUUUGAUACUUUGUAUGAACUUCACAGAUCAAAUCAGACAGACUUAGAUAUUUGAGUUAAUAAGAAAGGUAAAAAUGAUGGUUCAUAUGAA